AUUCAAUACAUUUAAAUCCGGUUGAUAGGUUCUGUGAGCAUCAUAUUACAACGGUAAUGGAACAUUUGAUAAAAGAAUUGUAUGGUUAAAAAAAAAGCGAUUAAAUUAUAUAGGUUUAACAAUGUUAUAUUAUAUUAUUAUGUAUAUGAACUAUAUUCUAAUCAAAAAUACAUACUGUUAUAAUAAUUCAUUCUAAAAUAAAUGCAAUGUUUUCGGCAAAAAA